AUGUCUUCAAUCAGUUAUGCCAUCUCGGCUGUAGAUGUAUCUCAUGUGACCAUCAAGAUAGUGCUCAGAUCCGGCGCCAAAAUCUCGAACGAUCAACCGGCUUGGACUUCUGGUGCAUACUGGAACAACCAGAUCGUGGGUCUCUAUAAUUCUCAGGAUUUCUGGAACCUGACUCCCGACUGGGCCGCCCAUUCGUCCCGUUGGUGUGCGAGCCGACGGAAGAUUGUGGAAGCGCAUACCACCAAGGCCAAACUUCAGGACUCUGUCGACGACCUCAUAAAGGUGCAGCCGUUCUCCAAAAACAUCGUCAAGGGUGUUGGCGCCAUCACUGGCACUGUCGAGGAUAUGACCACAUCUGUCCAACGCGUAUACGAUGACUUGACCCUGUGGCAGGUGAUUGCUUUGACCGAUGAUGAUGUCUCGACAAUCCAGAAGAGUUGGGACGAGUUGAGAGAUGAUUGUUUGAUCUGGAUGGACAUGGUGCAUGCGCAAAACAUCAAUUCGAUGACGGCGUCCCAGUUCCGUUAG